AAAAAUCGUACACACAGCACAGCUACAGCAUUACAUUUAUUACUAAUGAUUGUGAUGACGGAGCAUUUGAGCACAGAAACCUAUAAGUAGUACGUUAUUCAAGACAGAUUGGUCAACGACUGACUGUUAGUGCCUUUACUUUCUUUGUUAUACGAAUGGAUAAUAAAGUUUGAUAAUUUAUACAGAAGUUUUAUCUAGCCUUUAUCAAGAGAGAUUAAUUUUCUUUACGGUCGUGCUGAUUUAAAAAGCAAUAUGCUACGUGUUCCACGCAAUCAUCUUACUACUUGCUAUCGAGCAAAAUCAACACGUUCUGCCAGCGGGGAUGACUAUCAAUAUAUGCAAAGGACUCGAAUUCCAAUGCUUCAUUUUCAAGCUUCGCUCCCGAGACUUCCUAUUCCGAAGCUAGAGAAAACGUGUGAAAGAUACCUAGCAGCUCAGAAACCUUUGCUGAUUGAUGAAGCUUACCGAAAAACUAAGGAUAAUGUUGAUCGUUUCAUGAUAUCAGAUGGGCCCAAGCUUCAAAAACUACUACAACAGAAAGAUUCAAAAAACAAACAUACCAGCUACAUUUCCGAACCUUGGUUCGAUAUGUAUCUGCGAGAUCGAGCUCCUUUACCAAUCAACUACAAUCCGCUGCUAAUGAUGAAUCAUGACACACGGCCAGCCUACAAUGAUCAUCUGCUGCGUACCACCAAUUUGGUGGUGAGUUCUUUGCGGUUCAUGAAAUCGUUGCGUGCUCAGUUACUCGAGCCAGAGGUAUUUCAUUUGAAUCCGGCCAAAAGUGAUACUCAUACGUUUAGAACGGUCGCUUCGCUGGCACCAUCGCUUAUCUCAACAUAUGUGGCUUAUGCGUUCAAAGCCUUUCCUUUGGAUAUGAGUCAGUAUCAGGGACUAUUUGGAGCUACGAGAAUUCCCGAAACUGGAAAAGAUAGAAUCUAUAGAAAUGACAAAUCCAAGCACCUGUUGGUUCUUCGUAAUGGCCACAUGUAUUCAGUGGAUGUACUAGACGAAGCAGGCAACAUAGAACAACCGCAGACUCUGUUAGCACGAUUCAAACGCGUUCUAGAUGAAAAUCGUCCACCCGCAGAGAAUUCACUCGGUGUGCUUACGACAGAAAACCGCGAUACAUGGGCCAAGAUCCGUUACCAUUUGAGCGAAAUCGGCAAUGAAAAGGCUCUUCGAACGAUUGACUCCGCGCUAUUCUGUCUGUGCUUGGACAAUGGAACAAUCGAUCCGGAACAACCAAUUCCGAUGAUCAGAGAUUUUCUAUUUGGCAAUGGAACAAACCGGUGGUUCGACAAAUCUUUUUCGCUCAUCGUGUCCAAAGAUGGGACGGCGGGUAUUAAUUUUGAACACUCGUGGGGUGAUGGAGUAGCAGUGCUGCGAUAUUUCCAAGAGAUCUAUAAGGAAACGAUGAAGUCCCCCUUCGUACAUCCGGAUUCUGUACCACAGGAUGAUAGCAAAAGUGACGACGUGGUCAAGCUAAUAGAAUUCAAGCUAGACGACCGCAUCAGAGAUGGAAUUAUAGAUGCCCAGAAUCACCAUAACUCUGUUAUUGAUUCGUUGGAUAUGAACUAUCUGAAAUAUGAUGGAAUCAAUAAAAACAUCUGUAAGAAACAGAAAAUAAGUCCUGACUCGGUAAUGCAGCUGGGUUUUCAGUUAGCAUUCUACAAACAGCACAGCAAAUUUGUCGCUACCUAUGAAUCUUGCAGUACUGCGGCAUUCCGCCACGGCAGGACGGAAACUAUGCGUCCAUGCACCGUCGCGACCAAGGAAUUUUGCGAAGCAAUUGAAAGGAAGAAAAAUCCCUUAUCACCGACUGAGCUACGUGCCUUAAUGGAUAAAUGCUCCGCUCUGCAUGGGCAGCUAACAAAGGAGGCCGCCAUGGGACAAGGAUUCGAUAGACACCUAUUCGGACUGCGACACACUGCGGAAACAAAUGAUAUCCCACCGCCGUGCAUUUUCCAAGAUCCUGCCUAUGCAGCUAUUAACCAGAACAUUCUGUCGACCAGCACACUAUCAUCGCCGGCCCUGCUAGCAGGCUGUUUUGGACCAGUGGUUCAGGAUGGCUACGGUAUAGGGUACAACAUUCAGGAAGGCUUUCUCGGCAGCGUUGUCACCAGCUACAAGUCACAUCGAGAUGGCCAAGAUUUUGUAAAUUGCCUUCGCAGUGCCUACGAGGAUAUUGCAAAAGUAUUGAAUAACUCAACCCCACCUUCGAAGUAAACGUGGAUGUAUGGAAAGUGGCAAUAUAGGGUAAACAGGCAAAUUAAUUACUUUCUAAAGGUUUUCCAUAUCAGAUAGUAAUGACACAGCUAACAGACGUACAAGUUCUGUGUGAUGGUCAUUUAUGCCAAUUCGAAGUACAUGGCAAUGGUGAUUUUUACCGUAUUUCGUUUCUGUGUGAAUACAACUUUUCGAUAAAAAUUAUUCCAAUUUAGACGUACAUGGAAAUGAAAAAUUAUCUAAAAUUGAGUUCUUCUAACUUCAUUUUUGGCUAAACUUCAAUAAGGUAACCCGCGUUAAAGGUAGUUUCUAUUUAACUGCAGCCAAAUAUUCAUUGCUAAGUUUUUUUUUAUAUUCAACCUUGGAUUAAGCUUCAUAAAAUCAAAAAGAAAUUAUUCAAAUUUGAGAAUACCAAAUACUUUAUUGAAUGGGCGCUUUCAAUAAUGGAUGUGAGUGAAAGGCAAAACUCAGAAGCAUCCAAAUUUAUAAAUGGCCCUUUUGGGGUUGUAUUUUUGUAUGGUUAUGGUAAGACAAAAAUGUAUUGAUUUUUUUAAAGAAUAAAAUUAUGUUAUCAAAAUA